AUGCCCCUUAUCGACCCUCGCACUGGCCCGUCCUACGGUACAAUGGAGCAGGACAACAACAUGGACGUUGAGAGGGAUCAAUUAUUAGCCGACGGGUUUGACACCGACGGUGACGAAAGCGGUCUCUCGACCCCCGAUGAGACACAGGAAGGUGUGCGCAAAAUCGAGGCGAUAAAUUUGACCUGGACAUCAAAAUCUUUACUUGUCGCCUACGUGAGUAUAUUCCUCAUGGCAUUCUGCACGUCCCUAGAGGGACAGACAGUCAUGUCCUUGUCGGCAUAUGCCACUAGUGCUUUCAGCAAGCACUCGUUGAUAUCGACCGUCCUAGUGGUCCAGAAUGUAGUCAAUGCCGUAAUCAAACCGCCCAUGGCCAAGGUUGCCGAUGUCUUUGGCCGAUUCGAAGCCUUCUGCCUAAGCAUUUUGAUCUACGUCCUUGGCUAUAUACAGAUGGCCGCAUCUACCAACGUGCAAACCUACGCAUCGGCCCAGAUAUUCUAUUCAGCCGGCUCUACGGGUUUGCAGAUUCUCCAACAGGUAUUCAUCGCCGACAGCAGUGACCUUUUGAACCGUGCGUUCUUGACAUUGCUGCCCGAGUUCCCGUUCCUGGUCACCGUCUGGAUCGGACCAACCAUUGCAGAUGCGGUGCUCAAAGCAUCAUCAUGGCGAUGGGGCUAUGGCAUGUGGGCGAUUAUCUUGCCUGCAGCUUUCCUGCCAUUGGCCCUGACAUUGCUGUUCAACCAGCGCAAGGCCCAAAGAUUGAAUCUGAUCAAGGUGCCUAGGCAUCGUCGGAGAAAGACUAGCUUCCUUGGCAUUGUCAAGCGGACCUGGUUUGAUCUUGAUGUUGGAGGUUUAACCUUGCUCUCUGCUGCUGUCACCUUGCUCUUGGUGCCGUUGACCCUGGCGGCCAACGCCAAGAAUGGGUGGAAGAACAACAGUAUCGUUGCAUUGAUCGUCGUGGGUGUUCUCUGCUUCUGCGCCUUGCCCUUUUACGAGUCCUCAAAGAAACUGGCACCCAAGCCCCUGCUGUCACUGCAUCUCCUCAAACAACGCACUGCUCUCGCAGGUUGUGCUUUGGCAUUCUGGUAUUUCAUGGCCUUCUACUUCUCCGUUCAACCCUAUCUAUAUUCCUAUCUCCAAGUCGUCCAAGGCUACGAUGUAGCCACUGCUGGCCGCGUCACCCAGACCUUCGCCUUCACAUCCACCAUCGCCGCAUUUAGCGUCUCCCUACUCAUCAAGUAUACCCGCCGCUAUCGAAUCUUCGUGACAAUCGGCUGUGUUAUCUACAUGACCGGUCUUGCUCUGAUGCUCCUCUGCCGCGGCGAAGGCGCCUCUCAGUUGCAAGUACUUGGCACUCAGAUCAUGGUUGGCUGCGGUGGUGGCCUUCUCAAUGUUCCUGUUCAGCUAGGCGUCCAGGCAUCAGCAUCCCACCAGGAAGUCGCAGCUGCCACCGCUAUGUUCCUGACAUCAAUGGAAAUGGGCGGAGCUGUUGGGGCAGCCAUCUCCGGCGCGGUUUGGACGCACCAGAUCCCAAAGAAACUGAUGCAGUAUCUGCCUGAUGAAACGAAGUCUCAAGCUGGUGAGAUCUUUGGCAAGCUCACCAAGGCCCUUUCGUAUGAACUCGGCUCCCCGACUCGUAUUGCUAUCAAUCGUGCCUACCAGGAGACUAUGGAUAGGUUACUCAUCUUAGCUAUCCUUGCGACCCUUCCUCUCAUCCCGCUCAGUCUCGCCAUGGUGGACUAUAAACUCGACAAGGUACCCACAUCCCAUCUCUACUUCGCCAGAAUCAAGACCUAA